UAAAAAAAAAAAAAAAAAAGCCAGCUCCUUUCAAAUGCGCACUCGCCCACUACCAUACGUACACAGAAAUGGCGCCUGUCAGUGGUGAGAAGAUCAUUCUCGGCCUGGAAAUCAAUCUGAUUCUAUUUUAUGUCGGAGCUGCGGGGAGGUGCAUCGUCUCUGUCUCCCAAGAGCCUUACCUGGAAGUGGACUACACUUUCGAAAAUGUUACCAUGAAGUGCUCCUUCUCAGUAUCGGGGUGCCCGUCAGAGCAACCUACCAGCCUGUGGUUUCGCUACAGUGCUAACCAGUCUGAGAGCCUGUGCUUGAAAAGAUCCACAUGUGAGACAGACAAAUUUAAGGUGAAGUAUGACCUGAAGCAACAAGACGUUUUCCUCACAGUGAACAGGGUGACCCUCAACGACAGUGCAGUCUACAUCUGUGGAAUCGCCUUUCUCAGGCCAAACGACUGGAGCGCUAAGCAAACUGGAAAAGGGACCACACUGGUGGUGAGAGAAACGAAGGUUCUCAGCAAGGAAAUACAGACACUCCUGGCAGUUCUCUUAGCCCUGCUCUCUAUCUACAUUAUUGGUGUGGCUGUGGUCUUCAUAGUCCUCUCCAAAUCAAAAUCUAACUCUCUAGAAAAUAAAGAAACAGAAGACUCACAAAAGAAAAAGAGUGCUCGGCGUAUUUUUCGGGAAAUUGCUCAAGAACUAUAUAAUAAGAGACAUGUGGAAACAAACCAACACCCUGAGAAAGACAACACUUACGAAAACAGAAGAGCACUUUCCAACUAUGAAAGACCAUAAUGAACUUCAUUUUCAGUCACUUACCAUCUAACUCCAGAAGUCAUGGCAGUGUUAAUGGACACGAGCCUGUGAAGGCUUUAAAUAAUCAACCAGAAGUAAAUGGAAAAGACAACUGGCUACAAGGAAGGGUGAUGCCAGGGCAAUAAGGAGACUGCAGCGAAGUUAACUGUCAAAGUACUAAAGCCAAAACAAGGCAGCUGCAAGCAAACAGUCCCUUAUUUGCUAGGAAAAUUCUAAGGAGGCAACAGUUUCAAAAACAUCCAUUUUUAUGACCUAUAUCCCAUAUUUGUCUGCAUGUGAUGAGAGGUGUGUGCCAACUGUUGUCCUGGAGAUCCGAAGCACAUGUGCCUGAGUCUUGAAUGAAGGCGCUGUCUUUGUGGGCUGUGGAAGCAAGGUGACAGUGAGACUAAGUUGGGGGCAAGUUAUUUACUCUGUGAUUGUGAUGAGUGGCGUAGAGCGUUUUCCAUCCAGAAGCAUACAAAACCACCUCCUCGAGCUACCUCCAGAGAGGCUAGAACAGAAACUAGAGAAGGGCUAUGACCUCUAAAAUGAGUAAAGAUCCACUGCAGAGGGCUAAACAGAAAACGCCUAAGAACAAAUAAGCUGCCACCAACUCCAGAUGUCACUGUUGGGCCAAACAAACAGAAGAGGAAGGUGCCCAGCCCGCCCAGGCCAGGCCACUCUCUCACCAGCAGGAAGUGCCGGCUAAGCAGCCGGAGGUGGCACAGACGCUCCUGAAACUCGUUACCACAUCACUAAAAAAGACAUGUUAUAGUCUGGUCUCGGAAAUCCACGUAGAAACUUGGUUAAAGUGCCCACAGUGUGCAUUAUUAAACAUGACU